CCGCCCCCGCAGGAUCCUCCCCUACUAUCUCAGUCACCACCCCACCAUCGAGACUUUUCACCACCCCCUCCGGGUUUCUCACCACCCCCUCCGGAUUUCGCACAGCCGCCCCAGUCAUUGCCUCCCAUACUCCCUGAGCGAAUUCACGAGGAUACUGAUGCAGAAUUCACUGACGCAAGUGAGCGUUACUAUCGUACCCACCAUUCAAUGCUAAACGGACGACCAUGCACGGCCGAGGGAGCAUUUCUGCCGUAUGGUACCCCACCAACUCCCGUGCCACCAAAGUCUCCUGUUGAUUGGAGUCCAUAUCGCAAUAGAACAGAAUUUGAGAUGGCAGAGUUCGCAUUCAAA